CGCAGUGGAAAGGUUACAAGUAGUGCAUUCGGACCGGGCCGGACACGGAAGAGGGCAGUUGCUGCCUCUCCGCUUUAUGCGUUGUAUCAUUGUGCAUACCGACAGGCCGCUCGCGCUAUUUUGCAUCUGCGAAAAUGGCAACCAAAUCGUUUGAUACAGAAGCACAGGAAGACGAUGGAAGCACGUCUGAGUGUUCUCCUUCACAGUCAACGCUUUUAUCUCUAUCUGGCCCCCCUUUGUUUACUUCUUCCUCGGACAACGUUCCACACAAGACAAAAAGUGCGCCAAUCGAAGAUUUCUCUGGAUAUGCAACGCCUGUUUUGGGCCAAAUUCGCGAUGACACGGCGUCUUCGAAUAUGCCGUCACCGCUCUACGACGAGGGUUACAGCGAGGAUAUGGUAUUGAGUGACGAGGAAUUGGGGGAAUUUCUGGAAGAUGACGACGAUGACGAAGAAACGGACGAAGCCUCAAAUACUCUAAUCCGCAGUGUCCCGGUUCAACGCCAUUCUGCUUCAGAGCUCAGAAUGGACCGGGACUUUGAAGAGUUUGUUUCUCACGAGAGCGAUGCAGACGAUGAGGGCGAGGAUGAUGAAGCUAGGAACAAUUCCAUCAUCGACAAAAAGCUGAAGGACAGUUGUGUUCAUCAGAGUCGGACCGUUAUUCCCAAACCACCGCUGCACCAUCGCAGUGGUGGUAGCCUAGUUGCUGUAUCGUCUGGGGAUGCUCGAGGUACGAGAGUAAAUCCUUCCCCGGUUGCGUCCGCUCCAAAUUCUCCCGCCGACAGAGCAUACCAAUACCGACGAAGAUCGUCUUCAUUGGGACGGCCGCGUCGAGAAUCUAUGCCUAGCCGGCAUCUGCUCCGUUACUUUCGCAAUCUUGGUUCCGGUGGACUGGGCGGAUCACGGAAUGCUUCUUUCGACUACCCGAGCAGUGAGAUUGGGCAUACCCGCUCCGCCGAUGCGGACUUGGAGGGUGAUGAAGAGUUAACCUCUGACGAAAAUUCCUAUGGUGCUAACGAAUUCGAGUCGUCGUCAGACGAUUCAAAUGCAGUCGGUACGGGGCUAUUUGGUAGAAUGCAACGGCCUCCGGUGUGGUCGGAAAUGGUAGCGUUACCGCAACAAUUUAUACUCACUGCUUCAAGCCCAAAUUACCUGGAUCCUGUGCUUGUUGCUCGGCAGAAAGAGAUUUCCAUGGCAGAGGCAGAUAGAUUUGUCUCGGAGCAUGGGUUACUCUUGCAAGCUGCAUUGCAACUUAUGGCGGAACGCGAUCAGGUUGGUGUGGAGGGGUCAAUUGACACUGCCGAUAACAUUUGGAAAAAGGGACCCCUAAAGAAACGGACUCUAGGAGUUGGUAGACGUAGAUCUCGGCCAAGUUCCAAUUGGAAGGUAAAAUAUGUCGAACUCAGACGCGGAAAUCUUUGCUACUACGAAGAUUCGGGGGCGUCGGGUGGGCGGAAGAUUAUCCAUUUGCGACAAACAGACACGGCGGUCCGCAAAGUGUCGAGUAAGGCAUCGGGGUACGUGUUUGAAGUAUCCGUACAGGGUUACCCAAGCCGCGUUUGGAUGGCGAACUCUCCCGAAGAGCGGCAGGAGUGGAUGAAGGCUAUUCAAGCAGCAGUGAUCGGAGAAACAGAUGAUCUUCAUCGCGAGCUAGACCUAACUCCACAUCAAAAAACUCUCGAAACGUACACGAGCCUUCGCAGAAAAUGCGAAAGUAUUGACAAUCACGAUACCUAUGUAGCCACCGUUAGAGAAGCCGUGAACGUGAAUCCGGUUCUGCGGGUACCGUUGGUGUGGGUGCGUGAUCAAUUAAAGGAAAGCAGCAGUUCACGCGUCGAAAUCGAAAAAGCGUCCAAAUUGCCCAAGGCGCCAUACCGCCGUCUAAAGACUUCUAUUCGAGAAUUCUGGAUUAGCAUGUCUCAUAUUUCUUUCGCCAUCAAUGGAAUUGCGAUUGCAAAGCAAAGCUCUGCAGCCUCGCAGCGUACUCUGGGAGCCUUGACUCGGUGCAUCCUGGAGGUGGACAAAGCAUUUGUCACCAACGACACUACCCUCGGCGAUGAACGCACUCUUAUUUCCGAGCUCCAGGCAGUGUCAUUUGCUCGCGAUAUCUUGAUGAGCGUCCUGAAUAGCAAGGAGAGGCAAGAUGAUCUUUGUUCGGUACAUAAUCUACUCAAUUCUGAUUUGGUGGUACAUAUACCCCGCGAGGAAGAAUCGGUACAGAUUGAAAUAUCUUUUGCCGGGGAAGAUUUGGCACGGGAUGAACUGCCAGAAUUGAGUACCGAAAUUUCAGGCUGGCUUCGUACCAAAGGCCGAAAAUCUGGUUCAAAAUGGAGAAAACGGUUCGCAGUCCUAUCGGGAUCUGUUCUGAGUUAUUACGAAGCCGAAUUCCCGCGACCUCAUGGUCUACAAGGACAGUAUAUCUUAGAAAACAUGACCACUGUCCAAGAAGUCGAGUCUGAUGAUGACCAGGCCUUUGUGUUGAGUGUCGCUAUCGGCGACGAGCGACGGUGGCUGGGUUUUGAAGAACACGACCGAUGCUUAGAGUGGAAAGAUGCUAUUCAGACAGCAAUUGAUAGCUGCACACCCACCGAUGCCACAGUAUUCGCUGGGCCACGGAGCAAGUCGAUUCUUAAAGGAGCGGAACGUGUCAUUAAGGGAGCUAUCCCGGACGGUAGUCUUCGCGGAGGUAUCCGAGUCAUCAAGGAAGCUACCGGUGGCGGCAUCAAGGUGAUUCGUAAUGCUAAGGAUGGCGGGAUUAAGGUAAUUCGCGGCAGUAUUCGGGGCGCGGUCGGCAUGCUGCGGUCUUCAAGAUACCAAGGUGGCAAUGACGCCAACCCAGAAAUACGGCGUCGUCCUUCGAUGCAUAUGCUCAUGAACAAUGCACCGACAGGUAAAAAGGAACCGACUGUUCAGUGCCUGGUGCAGGCCUCCCGGACAUUUGACGUUAUAAAACGGUGCGAAGCGUCGUCUCAACAAGGACAUGUACUCUUCACUGUCCGUGUCAAACUGUUUCAGGCCUUUCUGUUAUCUGGAGGUUCAAACGGUAGAAUCGCACGAGGAAAUGCUUUAGUCGAACUGGAAUUUCUAGGACUCGGUCCUGCGGACCAGACGGCUCUCUGUGGACGACUGGGCGAAGAUCUAGAAUCCUCACGCAAACAGGAAACAUAGUGUGGAUCUUUGCGGAACUCUCCUAAGUAUUUGUGAAAUUUCUGUACAUCCUUU